AUGACGGACUACGAGAAGAUAAAGGCGGAGUGCCAGCAGCGCGGGCAGCUGUGGGAGGACCCGGACUUCCCGGCCGCGCAGGCCUCCGUGUUCUACCACCAGACCCCGCCCUUCCACUUCGUGUGGAAGAGGGCCAAGGAAAUAUAUACCGACCCUACCUUCGUGAGAGACAACUGCGAUAUAUUUGACGUCGUACCAGGAAAACUAGGCGAUAAGUGGCUGGUGUCGUGUCUAUCAGUCCUGUUUCUGAGCAAAGGGCUGCUCUACAGAGUCGUGCCAGCCGACCAGCGGGUGGACGCCGGGUACGCCGGCAUCUUCAGGUUCCGUAUCUGGUGGUGUGGCCAGUGGCUAGAGGUCCUCGUGGACGACCGUCUGCCCACCGUCAACGGGAAGCUGGCUUUUCUGCAGACCAGCUCCACUGAACAGCUAUGGCCAGCAUUGUUGGAGAAGGCAUACGCCAAGCUCCACGGUUCCUACGAAGCGCUAAAGUACGGGAGCCUACUAGACGGCAUGGCGGACCUCACCGGUGGGAUCACGGAGUCCCAACUAGUCCGCGAGCUGAGCGAUGGCCACGCGCUCUCUAACCUACUCCGCGCUACUAGUGUGGUCACUGCACACUACCAACCUAGCGGCGUGGAACAGAGGGGCUUGGAGCCAGAAAUGAACUACCGCAUCUACAGCUGUGAUGAUAUAGUGACGGAUGACGGGCUCGUGCAGCAGGUGCGCCUGCGUCGGCCUCUCACGUCACGGGACCCGCAGCGGGACGAGGCCGACCGUAAAAUCACCAGUGCCGACCGCGAGCGCCUCAACGCGCCAAGCAUCGAGUUCACCAUGAGUUUCGUCGACUUCCAACGGUUAUUCCAGCGCGUGGAGACCGUCCAUCUUGACGCGGAGACCUCCUGGCCCGAGCCUACCCUCGCGGACAAGAUGAAGUGGCAGGUGAAGAUGCAUCAGGGGGCCUGGAGGAGGGGUGUCACGGCAGGGGGGUGCAGGAAUUAUGUCCACUUCUUCCACAUGAACCCCCAAAUCCAGAUAGUGGUCUCCGAGACCGACACCCUCGUGGUGUCCCUCAACCAGCACAGCGUGAUGGAGCCCAAGGUCAUCGGCUUCAGCGUCUACAAACUGCCCAAGCUGCUCGUCGAGACCGCUACUCCGACCCAGUUCAAGAAACUCAAGAGUACCGUCAACUCACAGUAUACGAAUAGCAGACAAGUUAGUCACAGAUGCGACCUCCAGCCCGGCUCCUACCUGAUCAUGCCGACCACCUUCGAGCCACGCGAGGAAGCCAACUUCUCGCUCCGGAUCUUCUCCACCAAGACCAUCAGGAUGAGGGCCUUGGACUCCGCCCCGCAGAUGAUCAAAGCUGCCGUCAUCAGGGCUCCGCCUGGCUUGGAACUUAGCCGAUCAGUCAGCUUCGCCCAGUACGAGGCGAUCUUCCUCCAGCUAGCCGACGAGCAUCGAACCAUCGACGCCUUCGAGCUGCAAGAGUUGCUUGACGCCUGCCUGCCCAACGAUUAUAUCAAGAGCUGCGCGUCCAUCGACACGUGCAAACAGAUUGUGCUAUCGCUUGAUAAAACAGGCACCGGCCGCAUCAGCCUCGCCAACUUCAAGGACCUGAUGUGCUCCCUGAAGCACUGGCAGAUGGUAUUCAAGGCCCACGCCCGCGAGAAGAUGGGAGUCUUGCUAGCGGAGCGCCUCAGAGAUGCGCUACGAGAGGUGGGCUUCGUUGUUCCCGACAGAGCGAUGACCCUGUUGCUUCUGAGAUACAUGAGGAAAGACGGCAUGCUGCGGUUUGGAGACUUCGUGUCCACCGUCAUGCACUUGCAUCGAGCGUUCAACGUGUUUUACACAAACGCGGCCACGUCAAACUACAUAAACCUGAACCUAUCUGAGGCACCUGCUCAAACAUAUCAGCACGGCUACUACAGCUAG